AUGGGUGUCCGAGUAGCUACACUGAAAUUACAGAGUCGUGAACGAAUGCUUUUCGUGGAACAAUUUUUCACCGCACCUUAUUCUACCGAAUCCGGACUUGAUUUGUUCCGUGUACUGAUUGUGCCUAAUGUGGAACGUCCCGCAACGGCCACAAGACCAUAUCAAACCAAAGUAGUGCUCGGGGGCCGUCCGUCCGGUUCGACCGGGUUUCCUUGGUCUGCCGAUCCAUCCCUUUUCUAUAUCCACGUAUGCUUUUUGUUGGGCUGUCUGGCCUGGCUUGUCCCGUUGCUUCCGGGAUGGGGUGAACUUGUUGCAUGUCGCGAAGAUGGCAGUGUGCGUACCGGGGAACCGCAGGUCAGCUCUGGAAAAACGGUAUUGUGUGUGGUCAAUUUUAUCCUUCUAUACUUUCCCCUCAUGUCCAUUUGUGUGUGGUCCAAUGUGCUGGACUACACACUGGCCAGUCGGAUUCAGCAUGUCAUUCAGUAUCUUCAUGUUACUCUGGAAACUCUGAGUGCUUCUUCUCGGCCUUCAUGUCCGAAGCAGAUUAUGGUGUCCAUACCCACAGAACCGCCACUCUUGGAACAGUCCACACGGCAGCGAAGUCAUGACUCAUGCUGCCGGGAGGGAUCAUCUCGUCAAUCAUCCAGUCGGCAUCGACGAAAGAAAUCGGUCGAUCCACAUCAGCCCCAUGCGUCAUUAACUUGUCCGUCCACUGCCACACAACCACAAAAUGCUACUCAGACAGACAGCAACUCGAAAAGUCCGGUGGAUACCAGCGAAUCUACGUCUAUCGCACAAAUGACUAGAUCUACCGGUACGCAAGCGGAGACACCGAUGUCCCAAUCGAUUAGCGAGAGUUCACCCAGCGCGGCUGAUCCGGUCGUUUUGGUAGCACCGGGAUGUACCCGCGUGCGACCCGUGGCUACCGAUGCGGUUUCUCCGUCCGAUGAUCAUCGCGUCACAUCCCGGCACAUUUCCAAAUCGUGCAAAGACAAAGGGAAGCACAAACCGUUGAUCACAGGGGUUACGAAAAAGAAACACAAACACUCUCGAAUGACCGCAGAUUGGAUUGACGACGAACAGGCACCGUUGAGUCAGUUCCCUGGCGGUAUGUCUUUUUUCCGCUUUUUUCUGUGUUCCUUCUCUAAUUAUCCGUUUCUGUUGACCAAUCUCGCUCAUUUAUUCACAUCACAGUGGAAACGGGUAUGCUACUAG